UUAGCAUCGUUUGGAGUAAACCAAAUGCCAAAGGGUUCAGCUCAAGAGUGUAGUCCCGCGCAAAACUUGCCCAGCGCCUGAAGCUUUCGCAAGACAUUUGCAAAGACACUAUGAUUCCAAAAUACUCAUUCCUUAAGAUUGUAGAUAACUCUGGCGCAAAGCUUGCUCAAGUAAUCGGCUUCUACGGCCAUCAAGGAGGCUAUGCCAGCGUCGGCGACGUUGUCAAGGUGGUAGUCAAGGAGGCUCGCGGGGAGAAGACGACUGCGGGCGUCAUGCGCAAGGCGGUGGUGGUGGAGCAGAAGUACCCCUUCCAUCGACAGAACGGCAGCCACGUCCAGUAUCUGCGGAACGCCGCGGUGCUCCUGAGCGAGAAGGGCCAGCCCAUCGGCAACAAAGUGCGGUCGAUGCUAGGUGUGGAGUUCAACAAGCCGCGCUGGGCGAAGCUUAAGUCGCUGUCCAAGCGGCUUUUCUGAGCGCAGGCGGCAUAGCCCGUGGCUUCCUCGCGUGCCAGGGCCACGAGCAUCAGGACGGGCUUGAGGGUCGGGCCCUGCGCCGUGGGAGAACGAAUGAAGGAGCUUGAAGGAUUAGUUAGGAAGCUAGCAGUUGGUGCAAUGUGCAAAGCGGCUGCCAACAAGUGGCCUCCUGCCGCGUGUAGCUCCUGGGCGCCGGGGUCCCUGGGGUCUGCAGGCGAGGGAGAUUUGGGCGCCGGGAUAAGCCAUUCCCGCUUGGGCAGUGUGGUGGACUUCAGGAGUUAGUUCUUUGCAAGCAGAGGUCAGGGUGGCUACAGCCGUGUGCGGUACGGCGAGCCCAAGUUGCGAUGCACGGGCCACGUGCUGUAGAGCUGCACUGAUACAAGUACAGACGAAUGUUAAUGACGGCUUUUAUAUUACAUGGUGCUUGUUGUUGCUGCAUAGGAAUGACUGCAGUUGGAAGCGGCGCACUGCGGCUGGAGUACUGACGACUGUGACGAGUGACGGAAGACCCGCUGGGCGGAGGUGUGUUGGGGCCCUAGUUGGCCGCAAGCAGCUAGGUGGACAGGGUCGCAACAGACACAGUUUUAUAUUGUGUUGCCUUGUUACGUAGGCCAGCGCGAAGUGCCUUGGAGUGCCGAUGGCAUGCGGGUCUUCCGUCGUGAGGCACCCAGGUAGCAAAUACUUACAGUGUAAAUGUGAUGUAAGCAUUAUCAAUG